ACGGGAGCCAAGCGCGGUGGCAGUGAGCGGUACCGGGUGACUCUGUUAACGUGAAGUGGUAGGGGCAGUCACGCGGCGGAAGAGUGUGAUGUCCAAGGGGGUAGCAAAUGAGAGCCAUGCAGCAGCCCCGCAGGACGACUGCAAGGGCUCCUCAAGAGGGAGGAGCCGGGGGCUGUUGGUCACUGCUGGUGUUGGUGGGACCUUAGUGGCUCUUUAUGCUGUGGUCAUACCCUUCGUGACGCCGGCUCUCAGGAAAGUGUGCCUCCCCUUUGUUCCUGCAACUUCCACCCAGAUCCAGAAUGUGCUGAGAAUGUUAGAAAGCAGAAGUGGCUCCCUCGUUGACAUUGGUAGCGGGGAUGGCCGUAUUGUGAUAGCAGCUGCGAAAAUGGGUUUCAAAGCUGUUGGCUAUGAAUUAAAUCCUUGGCUGGUCUGGUACUCCAGAUACCGUGCCUGGAGAGAUGGGGUACAUCACAACACCAGAUUUUAUAUUUCAGACUUAUGGAAGGUUUCUUUUUCCUGUUAUACAAAUGUCGUUGUUUUUGGGGUGCCUCAAAUGAUGCCACAGUUGGAGAAGAAGCUGGAAGAAGAACUGGAAUGUAAUGCCAGAAUCAUUGCCUGUCGUUUUCCUUUCCCUUGCUGGAUCCCAGAUCAUACUACUGGAGAGGGAAUAGACACUGUGUGGGCCUAUGAUUUGAAACAUUCCAGAGGAUGUGAAACAAAAGGAUUGGAAAUUUCACCAGAGACAAAAUCCUAAAAAUCUAAUUUGUUUUUGAGCUGAAAUUUUUGGCUUUGAGUUCACAUUUUAAAGAGUGAACAGAGCCCCAGGAUAUGGAGAUAUAUAGUCACUAAAAUAAAUUAAAUACACCAGUUAUCUGAAAGCAGACAAAGGUUUGUGAAACGUGUAGCUAAGUGGCUUAAUGCAGUUAGUAAAAAUUAUGAAAAAGUUGUAUAAGAAUCAGAAAACUUUAGCAUGGAAAAUGGGAUAAAACACGGGUCACUGCUGUUAAGGGGAAUAUAUGUACUAGUUAAGAUGCUCAGAUUGAUGAACUUAAUAUAUGCAUUCUUUUUGAGCCUAUGUGGCUUUUGCUACUGGUGUUGGAAGCGGUGUGCAAGUGGCUUCUCAAAUGAGCCAUGGUUCCCAAAUGUCCAUUAUGUGUGCUGAGUAGGCAUAAAGCUGAAUACAUCAAACUGAUGCAGAUUGAGUGUGAUGAUGAUACCAGCGUUCUGCACCUCAGCCUUGAAUGUGUAUUUUUUGAAGUUGAAUAGGACACAAGCAAAUAUAACAAGUUGCUUGUUCAUUUACACAAAUGCAGCCCUUGAUGAGUUUUUAUUUAACUUGUGAGGUGAAGACAAAACUACAGAAGUGUGUUCUUACUGAACACUUGUUGGUAUAAGCCUUUGCAAAUAACCAUAAUUUUUCCUAACCUCUCUGAUUUAGGAGGGGUUUCAGAAGUCACCUACUUGGCAGUGAAGUUUCACCACUUCUAUGUGUUCAAACCUUGGAUGAAGUAUGGGUAGGAGCUGCUUACUUGAAUGUGUCAUAGAGACUGUCUCUGAUUCUAGGGAUAGUUGGUCUGGCUAGCUUGGUUAAAUCUGAUUAGACCUCAUUAAUUUAUAGUGAGAUGGGAAAGGAGAUUUUCAGUCAGGCUUCUUUUACACUUUUCUAUGCCAUCUGAUGAAAGCUCAGAAACCCAUGGUAUGGUUGCAUGGCUUUUCCUUGGAGGGUUAGGCAAGUUCUCCCCUUGUCUUUGCUGAUAUGCAGUGAGGUACUGCUGCUACUUCCGUGACGUUUUCCUUUUCUGAGAUGGUUACGGCACUUCAUAUUUUGUCGCAGUCUGCUUACUUGGUCUGUGUUUUGUUUCCCAGGUAAAAUUUUCACAGUUUCACCCUUUAAAAAUUAGUCAAAGUUCGUAGUUAACCCCUCCUGGCACCAUUUAACAUAUAGACUGUUAAGCAAUGGCUAUGUAAGUUUGUCAGACUUUUACAUGUAUGAUACCCAUAGAAUGAAGCUAAAACAGGCUUGGGAAUUGCCACCUUACUUUUAGACUUUUGUUACCACAACUAAAGUUACUUCAGGACAAGAGAAGUGCUGAGAUCCUGUAAUUUCAGGUAAAUACAAAGCCUGUGACAUUUUAUUAGGCAUUGAUUUACUAGGCACAUUUGCUGGACUAUAGUGUCUGACUUGAAGAGAAGUUAGAUGUUAUUUGGGAUGUGUAGUCUACAAUUACACUGGUACCCAGUUUUUCAUUCUUGGUGGGAGGGAAGGAGUAGGAAGAAUCUAAAUUACAAAUCUACACUGAGGAGCAGCAGAAUGGUUUUGUCCUGAUAUUUUAUACAAUGCAGGAGAAGAAAGGGGCAAAAGUACCUGCUAUGGAUUUUGCAAGGAAGAGCUGAUUUCAGCCUUGCAUGGCAAAGCACAGCUGUAAGCUUGGAGACUAUGUACUGAGGAACGGUGAUUUCUGGCAAUCAGUCUGUUACAGCCUUUCACUGUAGUGUAAUGUAGUGCAUCUUGUGGAACUACACUGAAUGCUUUCUACUAUGAUUUAAGUGUUAUGAUUAUUACACAGUGACAGGAGAGGGCUAAAGCGACUUGCCUAACACGGCUGAAUGUACUUUAAUAUCCCAAGGCCAUAAAACCUCAGACAAAGGAAAUCUGAAAUUAUUUCAGUUGGCAAAAACACAUACAAA